GACUGACUCAGCCAUAAUCGAAUUGUACUAUUAAUUUCUAGCAACUCUGUACUUGGAAUUUCUGAAGAAAAUAAACGAUUUACCGCCUUGUAUUGACCCUCAUUGUAGGAAUUGAAAUGAACAACGUCGGUUCUUAUCUAAAUCAACAGGUACUCUUCAGCUUCUGUGCGAGGGAUCGGCCGGCGAUAAAAGGAACAGGAAAGGGAAAAAUAAAAAGAGGUGGUGGCGACGGCGAAGACGACGAGGAGAGGGUAGAUGCAGGAGCCCAGAAUGGGCCACCAGGUGCACCUAUAGAAUCGACAUGAAACCAAGUGGGAACCAUAUGUUGAUGCAGUGAAGGACGCGGCACGCGCCACACUCAAACUUCAGCCUUUACGUCGCGAGGACCUCCUCCUCUAUUUUCCAAACCGUCUGAUCUUCUCAAUUCUGACUUCAAUCCUUGAACAUCUCGUCUGACACCCACUGAAGAAUGAAGAGGAUUAAAGUCUCCAAACUUGGAAUAAGUGCGAACGGUUACUGUGAUAGAAUUCAAUAUGGAUAAACAUUUGUGAUUCUGUUUAAAUUUACAAAAGUUAAACAAGGACACAAGGAAAUGGCUCUCCUAUCAAACCACCACGAAUACCCAAUAUCCAAUGACAUGAUAACAACCACCUACCCCGCGAGACCUCACGACAAUCUCUAUCCCUCCCCCUACAGUUCUCCAAAUUACGAACCGGUCAAAGUGCCUUACAGUGACAAUUACGUGCAUAAAAAUGAAAUAACUCCGCGAAAAGACGUGAUUAAUUAUGGCAAAGAAGAGAUCUACGAGAGGAGUUUCAGCGUGCUCACACCUGUGACUCCCCACAGGUACGAGGGCCACAAGGUGACUCAUGCCACGUCGGCUGAUGCGUUGCACGAGGACAACUCCGUCGACUAUUGCCCAGCAGGGUAUUGCUACGAGACUCCGCCGCAGGACCAGAAGUACCAGAUCGUAGACGAUCACGCCCAAAAGCCGGUGCACGCGCUCCAGGACCAGAGGAGAGACCGCUGGGAACCUGUAACAUCAGCACAGAAACAGAUAUCGCCGACGAACAGUCCUAGGAAGGGCAGGCGACGCUCCAGAGACAUACCGCCGUCGCCAAGCGUCUUGAAGCGUCGACGGUUGGCCGCGAACGCGCGCGAGAGACGUCGUAUGAACGGGCUGAACGACGCGUUUGAUAAAUUACGCGAAGUUGUACCGAGUCUUGGUGCUGAUCACAAGCUCAGCAAAUUCGAGACGCUGCAAAUGGCACAGACUUACAUCGCGGCGUUGUGCGACCUCCUCCAGAGACACGACGGCAAGUGGCAAUAGAGGAUUUUUUAAUUAGAAUUAUAUCUGCACAGUUUUUCUCUUUUCACCAAACGCUUGGAUUAUAAAAGUUUGCAGCAGGUUUUUGCAAUGCAUUUCUUACAAUUGUAUAUAAUUUUGAGUGUCUAUGUUAUUAGAAUUUGCACACUUUAGUUGUAAGAGACGGCUAACAGUCCAAAGAGGAAUGAAUAGACUAAAGAAUAAAAAGCCAGAAUUGUU